GGCGCUCUUGUCGUCACUGAUGCUGCCCUCUGUUGGUGAUUUUAAAAUUCAUUCUUGUUGUUUGGCGAUUUUCCAUCAUGAAGAUCGGUCUGUGCUCCUAUUCUGGGUACAAAAUCUACCCCGGCCAUGGCAAGACCAUGGUCAAAGCCGACGGAAAAGUUUUCACCUUCCUCAAUUCCAAGUGCGAGUCAUCACAAUUGAUGAAGAGGAAUCCCCGUAAGGUCACAUGGACCGUGUUGUACAGGCGGAAACACAAGAAGGGUCAGGAGGAGGAACAGACCAAGAAGAGAACCCGCAGAACGCAAAAGUUCCAGAGGGCCAUCGUCGGUGCCUCUCUUUCUGAUAUUUUGGCCAAGAGGAACAUGAAGCCUGAAGUCAGGAAAGCGCAGCGUGAUCAGGCCAUCAAGGCUGCCAAGGAUCAGAAGAAGGCCCAGAAGGCCACCAAAAAGGCCACCGCCCCUCCCAAAGCGAAGCAAGCACCCAAGAGCAAGGCUGCCAAGCCCCAGCAAAAGGCUGCUCCCAGGGUCGGAGGAAAGCGAUAAGGCAAAUAAUUAUUAUAAGAAAAUCAAACGUGGGUUUCAAAAUUAACAAAGGUUUGUACACGAACCCGACUGUACAUUUCUCACUGGAAAAUAAACUGGACAUUUUGACGCCCAUGUUAAAAAUAA